UGAGAGAAGGGGAACACGCAGGGCAGAGAGGAGAGAAAGAGGGCGGAGCGGGAGGAGCACAGGGCACUGCGAUGGUGGGAGGAUGGAAGACGCGGCGGUGAAGCAGGGCUUCAUGUACUUCCAGCAGCAGCAGACCUUUGGAAAGAAAUGGCGCAGGUUCAGGGCCGUGCUGUACAGACAGUCGGGCUGUGCCUUGGCCCGGCUGGAGCUCCAGGAUAGCCCAGAGAAGCUGCGCCGAGGAGAGGCUGCCCGGAGGGUGAUCCGCCUCAGUGACUGUCUGCGGGUGACCGAGGCCAGCGGGGAAGCCAGCAGCCCCAGAGACACCAGCGCCUUCUUCCUGGAAACCAAGGACCGCCUGUACCUGCUGGCGACCCCCACUGCUGAGCGUAGCAGCUGGAUACAGGCCAUCUGCCUCCUGGCCUUCCCCGGCCAGAAGAAGGAGCUGUCUGGGUUGGAGAGGAAGGGCAGCCAGCCCUGCAUGGAGGAGAAUGAAUUGUACAGCAGCUCGACCACAGUGGCCCCCUGCAAGGAAUUUGCUGUGACCAUGAGACCCACGGAAGCCAGUGACAGGUGCCGGCUCCGGGGGUCCUACACCCUCCGGACUGGAGAGAGUGCCCUGGAGCUGUGGGGUGGCCCUGAGCCGUGCACACUCUUGUACAGCUGGCCCUACAGGUUCCUGCGGCGCUUUGGGCACGACAAGGUAACCUUUUCCUUCGAGGCAGGACGGCGGUGCAUCUCUGGAGAGGGCAAUUUUGAGUUCGAAACCCGACAAGGCAAUGAGAUCUUUUUGGCUCUGGAAGAGGCCAUCUCUGCCCAGAAGAAUUCGGUCCCUCCUGGGCCCCAAACCCAGCCAGCCACAGCCCCAGCAGUGCUGCCCCAGCUGGAGAGCCCGUACUCCCAGCCUCACGACUCACUGCCACCACCUUCGCCUACUGGCCGGGUGGCCCGCUCCCAGCCGCGGGGCCCAGAAGGGGAAUAUGCAGUGCCUUUCGAUGCGGUGGGGAGGAACCUGGCGAAGAGCUUGAAGAGCAUCCUGGUGGUCCCUCCCCCGUCCCCAAUUGACCCUCUGUACGACAGCAUUCAGGAGCGCCAGCCUUCAAGACCUGACCACAUAUACGAUGAGCCUGAGGGUGUGGCCAUCCUGUCUUUGUAUGACAGCCCACAGGAACCCCUGCGUGACUCCUGGAGGAGGCAGGCCACAGAUGAUGGAGACCCCAGUGACCUCCAGCACAUCUACCCAGUGGGGCAGGACUUCCCUGCUUCUUGCUGGCCACAAGGAACUGAGUAUGACAAUGUCAUACUUAAGAAAGGUCCGAAGUGAUGGUGGGCAGAAGAAUUAUGGACCGCACUGAAUGUUAGCACUGAGGUGGGUCUGUACGCACCAGGAAGGGGCUGGGGGCUGGUGAGAAGGAGCAGGAGGGGAAAGGCAGGCCUCCCUCCUUUCUGCCGAUGACUCCUCCUGCAUCCCAGGUACCUCCCUCUGCUCCUUCCCGAACCUAGGCUCACCUUGGUUUGGUCUGAGGGAUUGUCCUGGGUCUGCUGCAUGAGUCAGAUCCCAGAGCAGGAAUAGUGCUCUGAGGAGACCCGCCCUCCUCCCACUCCUUUCCCACUUCCGCUUGUUUCUUUCCCUGGUCCCGUGGAACCUCAGACAUUUAGGGCAGAAGAGAAAAGGACAUCAGCAAAUCGCUUGCUUCCCCAGCUUGUGCAGGCCUCCUGCUUGCUCAUGUCUUCUUUGGGGGACGGCCCCAGCUGCACGCACUCGGGAGUGUGUCUGCGGCUUUCUGCAGGUUUUGGACUUCUCUGUGGUAGUAAACAUUUCUGAAAUGUUUUUGUGUGGCAUGAGUGCUGCGGGGUGGGGAUGGGACAGACACAGCCUUGUCGGGAAUGACCACUUCCAAUGGCGAUCGAUAGCCCCUCUUCCAGCAGCAAUGUCCUCUCUGGGUCUCGGCUGGGUCCCAAGUGUCUGAGUUGGGAAUCCGCAGAAAUCGGCAUACCCCGAGGAAGAUGUUCAAGCAUCUCUAACCCUUUGCUGGUGUAGGGUCGACAUCAGAAAAAUAAAAGGAAGUGGGAUAUAUGUGUGAAGAGCUGGACUGGAGGACAGGAAACUGUUGGCAGUUUUGAGCCUCUUCUGUGCUAGAAAGGGGAUGGAUCCAUUCAACCUCUUGCCCUCCUGAGACUUGUCCUCUUUUAAAAUGAGACGAUUCCACCACAUGGGCUCUGAGAGCCCCUCUGGCCCUGUGAUUCUCCAUAGGCUGUGUGCGCCAAUUCCCAUAGGUCAGGGCCUGUACACUCUCUUCAUCAAAACCUGCUUUCCUGGAAAGGUAGGUCAGUGCAUUGCUGCUGCCAGCCAGUCAGCCAGUACCAGGGGGCAGCGUGUAGGCUCCAGACUGUCCUGGCCUUGAGACGCUUAUAGCCCAGAGGGGGCUGAGACAAAGGCACAGAUGUCUAUCAUGAGAA